ACCAACACGUACGUAAUAAUAUGCGCAUAUAGCAGCUCAGUACUAAUUUGAACUUUCAAAAAAGCUGUGGCGGCUUUCGUAUUUUUUGUUAAUAAACAUUCAAUUCAAUAACCUAGGUCGUUAUAAAAGUCGAUCAUGAUAUCGUUUCUGACCGAUUUCCUGCUCGACAAUGUCACCUAUCUUAGCUUGAUUGCAAUUUGCACGGCCAUCUACUGUUAUUCCAUUUCGACGUACGGUAAAUGGCGAAAAGUUAACAUCCCUUACGUACAGCCCGUGCCAUUGUUUGGCAACACAUUCAAAAUGAUGACGAAACUUGAACAUCCGAUCGACACGUUCGAGAGGCUAUACUAUUCAUUUCCGGACGUCAAACUGUUAGGAUUCUAUCAAAUGACGGAGCCGAUGCUAUUGGUCCGCGACCCGGAGCUGAUCAACACGAUACUGGUAAAGGAUUUUUCGUACUUCACCGACCACGGUUUAGACCUGGACCCGUCCACGACCGUGUUGGCCAACAGUUUGUUCUUCGCCAAUGGCCAACAAUGGCGGACGAUGCGCCAAAAGCUGAGUCCGGGCUUCACGUCCGGCAAGUUGAAGGACACGCACAACCAGAUCAACGAAUGUACCGACGAUAUGGUAUCCAGCAUCGUCGGGACGCUCGAGAAUACUGACCGACUAGACGUUAAAACGAUUACUGGGAGUUUUUCUACAGACGUGAUUGGCACGUGCGCAUUCGGUCUGAAACUGGAUACGAUCAAGAACGACGAUUCUGAGUUCCGCCGGUACGUCAAGCUUAUUUUCCAGACCACCCCGAGACAGGCAAUCGUACAGGUGCUGAUGAUGAUCUGCCCGCGAUUGAUUAAGCUAUUGAAAAUCAAAAUGUUCUCGGAAGAAGCUACCAACUUUUUCUACGAGGUGUUCAAAGACGUUAUCAAGUACCGCGAAGAGCACAACGUGUUCCGAAACGAUUUAACACAAACCCUUAUGCAGGCGCGUAAAGAAUUAGUGUUGAAGGAAAACUCGACCAACGAAGAUAAAUUCACCGAUGCUCACAUCAUCGCUAAUGCUAUUCUCAUGUUCACCGCUGGUUCGGAAACCGUGUCGUCUAUGCUAUCUUUUUGCCUUUACGAAUUGGCGCUGAACGUAGAAAUCCAAGACAAAUUGCGUGCGGAAAUAUGCUCGACGAAAGCUAAACACGACGGACAGUUAAACAGUGAUUAUUUGACGAACCUCCAUUAUACCAACAUGGUGUUGGAAGAGACUGCUCGCAAGUAUUCCAUCGCUUUAAACAUAAUGAGAGUAGCUACAAAAACGUAUACUCUACCCGACGAAUCGUUUGUUAUUGAAAAGGGACAAAAGCUUAUUAUACCGAUGUUCAGCAUACAUCAUGAUGCAAAAUAUUAUCCCGAUCCGAUGAGAUUUGAUCCCGAACGAUUUUCUAUGGAACAAAAAUCUCAACGACCUAAUGGCACUUACUUGCCGUUUGGCGACGGACCUCGACUGUGCAUAGGCAAACGGUUCGCGGAAUCAGAGAUGAAAUUGGUCCUGUCAAAUAUAUUGUCAAAGUUCGAAGUCUUACCGUGUGAGCAAACCGAAAUUCCCGUCAACAUAAGGAGUGAAGCAGGAAUUAUUACACCGAAAAACGGCAUCGUCUUAAAAUUUAGACCGAUCAUUGAACAUUAACUAUGAAUACGAAGUAUAUUUCGUACUCUCGUAAAAUAAUAUUAUCAUAUUACUAAUUUCACGUGUGUGUGUGUGUGUGUUGUAUUGUUUUAACUAGAUGUCGUGAUCGCAUGAUUCGAGCAUAACUAACAAGUUACUGUUUAUUAAGUACCAAUAUUAAUAUAGAAAUAAAUAAUGGUAGGUUCCUAAUUAAAAUCAAAAUUAAACCCACGCAUCGCGUGUCAUAAAAAUGUGUAAUACCUAACCUGUCUUUGAUCGUGUUUUUAAAUACAAAUUAUUACACAUUAUUUUAUCGAUGGUAUAAGUUACUCCGUUCACAAUUAUUGCUAAAUGUUAAUGCAAUGUUUCACUUUAAAACAUAAUAUAUUAUAAUUAUUAUUAUACCAGUUCACAGUUGUAUUUAUUAGUAGAUGCAUAAUAUAAUAAUAAGUUUAUAUACUUUGAUAGCCCAUAUACCAGAUAUAUUUUUAUGAUAUCUAGUAUGCAAGGACGUCAUUUGCGAAAUGCAAGGAACAAGGGUGUGCAACUAUAUACUUCAUCCAAUAUAAAAUAUAAUAGGUGCUUUUCAUAUUAUGCAGUUUUGUUAAUUAAAAAUCAAUUAAAAUAAAAUUAUUUAA